AUGGGACUCCCGUACACCCCUUUGGAGGAACUGGAUAGGGUGCUCAAGGACUUUUUCAAAAAGGGCCCUGCGUAUGCAUCAUAUAAAUUCCAGGCUCUUUUCCAGGCUGCGAUGUAUGUGGAGACAGUUGUGUAUGUCGAUGAGAGACUGAUGCGUACCACGGGAUCCAUGAUCGCUAAAUCUGUGUCCUGGGAGUCUUGCAAACUUGCAUGUACGCUUGUCCUUCUAUUUGCAAGCCCACCGUCGGCUUUCAUGCUCAAAACUCUCACAUGGCAAUCCCGGAAUCUUGACGGGUUCCCUACUAUGGCAGAGAUCUCCAGCACCCCGAGUGUUGAUCUUCCCAAACGUUUUGCCCAGGCCAAGAAGGCAGCUAUCGAUGGGAAGGUUGGAAAAGUCACUGUACUAGGUGUGAGCUUGAUCGAUGUGGAAAUAAUUGAAAGGGCCGAGGUUGGUCGUAACGAUGUGGACUUUGACUUUACAUCCUUUACACACUCUUUUGCCUUGGCAAUUGGAAGGGAGGGCUUCAGGGUAUAUCAAUCAUGGGGCGAGCAUGGCUACCGUCUAGAUCAGUUUUUAACGAGAGGUGGUUCGAGAAUCCGUUCAUGGGAAGAAGGGAAAGCUUUUAUGAAAGCAUUCAAAAAACUCGCUUCUGCAACGAAAUGGUCCCCGGAGUUGAACAGUGCAUAUAAAGAGCUAUUUGAGGUUGAUAUUGAUUCGAUAUGCGGCGAAUGGCGUGUACAGCCUCCCCUUAUCCCUGUUUAUCGCCCUUGGGUCAGGGUGUUUGAGAUCAACGAUGUUCAAGUGAAUCACAUCAAGAAAUUCACCUGGAAAAUAAUUGAAUAG